UGUUUUGUUUUCUUGGGCUUUGAAGGCGCUUCAGUUUUUCCUCAUAUUUGCCCUUAGAAUGAACCCUUGAGUCCCCUAAGGUUUAGGCUUUCUUCGUUUGUCUUUGAAACUACAUCUUCUGUCUCUUGUCAUCAUAUCUGCUUAUUGCGUGUUUUUCAUACUUUCCACCUCUCUGAGAGCUGUUACCUAAGCCCUUGUUAUCACUUGACUGUGCUGCACUUAGCUGCAUUUCUAAGUUUCUGAUUCUUGCAAGUUUGUGGAAACAGAGGAGUCUUUAACCCACAUCAACCUUGAUCUAAAUGUACCACUUUACUUAAAAGUUCGUGGGAUCUGGAGCUCCUGGUCUAGCAAGCCAUGAAAAUGCCAAUAAAUGUUUUGUAAUAAAGCUUUUAUUUAAACAUCCAUUUUGUUCGACCUUGAAGCUUUACUAAUAUGAUGAAGAACAAACAGCCGAUGCCAGUGAAUAUUCGGGCUUCGAUGCAGCAACAACAGCAACUAGCCAGUGCCAGAAACAGAAGACUGGCCCAGCAGAUGGAGAAUAGACCCUCUGUCCAGGCAGCAUUAAAACUUAAACAGAAGAGCUUAAAGCAGCGCCUGGGUAAGAGUAACAUCCAGGCACGUUUAGGCCGACCCAUAGGGACCUUGGCCAGGGGAGCAAUUGGAGGACGAGGCCUACCCAUAAUCCAGAGAGGCUUGCCAAGAGGAGGACUGCGUGGAGGACGUGCCACCAGAACCCUGCUUAGGGGCGGGAUGUCGCUCCGAGGUCAAAACCUGCUCCGAGGUGGACGAGCCGUAGCUCCCCGAAUGGGCUUAAGAAGAGGUGGUGUUCGAGGUCGUGGAGGUCCUGGGAGAGGGGGCCUAGGGCGUGGAGCUAUGGGUCGUGGCGGAAUCGGUGGUAGAGGUCGGGGUAUGGUAGGUCGGGGAAGAGGGGGCUUUGGAGGCCGAGGCCGAGGCCGUGGACGAGGAAGAGGUGCCCUUACCCGCCCUGUAUUGACCAAGGAGCAGCUGGACAACCAGCUAGAUGCAUACAUGUCAAAAACUAAAGGACAUCUGGAUGCUGAGUUGGAUGCUUACAUGGCUCAGACAGAUCCAGAAACGAAUGAUUGAAGCCUGCCUGCUUACCCUUCUACAAGAGACUUGUUAAAGUCAUCACAUCUGUAAAUAACUUUGAGAAAACAGAAGAUGAAACCUGAUGGAUGCUGGAAGGACCUAUAAUAGGCUAUGGACUUUUACCUGCCACCAGUUUGUGCGUUUUAGUGUGUUCAUUUUACUUUUUGAUACUGUGUUAUAUGAAACUAUUUUUCUCUUGAUUUGGUUAUUUUUGGGUUGUGUGACUUUUGUGUUUUAUUUUCCCAUUCUCCCAGAAUUCUCUUUAAACAUGAAUGUUUUGGCUUUAUGGGCAGAACACUUUUCCUACCUCUGCCUUCCCUUACAUGUCAUAAGCUAUGGCAUUCUAACAUUUCCUGUGUUCAUCUAUGUGCUCCCCUAAAAGUGUCCCAGAGAACCUUGAUUUCUCAAUAGAAUUCUGUUCUGCAUCCUCACUAAUAGCUUCUUAAAAGUAUUAAGAAAAAUACGAAGCUUACAAAUGCAGUCUGUGUCAGAAGUGUCAAGUAGUUGGAGACAUUGACACAGAGCCACAUUGUGGCAGCUUUGAUUUGAUGGAAAUUGGUGCAUUGGCACCACAUAGAUGGUAAUGAGUGUGCUGGGUUGUAUAUGCACAGUUUUAAACCCCAAGUGAAAAUUUUAACUUUUCCUCUUGGUUUUGUAUCCUGCCCAAGAGGUUUGGGUUGUCUUGUACCCUCAGUAUAGAGGAAAAAGUCAUUUGGUUUGACAGAUAUGGCAGAAGGGAAAGGGACGGGAACGUGAUGACAACUCUGGGAGAAGGGGUCGAGCUAUACUGCUCCCAUAGUGAAAUGCAAUUAUCCUCACAUGUUCCAAGCUUUUGUUGGACUUAUCUACUUGGAAUUGUUUUACCCUCUCCCUUGAAGGUUUAAGUUCAACCAUAAUUGUCAACUUUUCAGUUUCAACAGAAUCUUGUAUUUCUAGUUAAUUAUAACAUUGUUCUCAUUCAA